AUACGAUAACACUCUUUUUUUCUCCGGAUGAAGCGGGAGAGACUUGUUGUGCAUCCACACUGGAUUACUAGCAAGUUGCAUAUUAAGAUUCCAACCUGCACUUUGAAUCAUGGCAAGCAAACCGGUUUGGGAGCAGAUAGGUGCAGGCUUUGUGCAACAUUAUUACCAACAGUUUGAUUCUGAUAGAACCAAACUCGCUGAUCUCUAUACUGAUGCRUCAUGUUUAACAUGGGAAGGAGUUGGUUUCCAGGGGCAUAAAGCCAUUAUGGAGAAGAUCACUAGCUUACCGUUCCAGUCAAUUCAGCACAGCAUCACCGCACAGGACCACCAGCCCACGCCAGACAGCUGUGUAAUGAGCAUGGUGAUGGGACAGCUCAAGGCUGACACGGACCAGGUGAUGGGUUUUCAACAAACGUUCCUGCUGAAGAACGUGGACAACAAAUGGAUCUGCACAAAUGACAUGUUCAGAUUGGCACUACAUAACUUUGGAGCAUAGGAGGAAAUGGAAGAAUCACGUACCUUCCACAGAGUUAGCUUUUUAUAUUACUUUUCAACUUUACGUGUGUGUGUGUGAGAGAAUGAUUGUCAGAUUCUUGUCUUCAAUAAACUCAUUAACCAGUUAUUCUGUAUUAGGAGGAAAUUGAAACAAAUGUGUUCUGGACAGUUAACUGCAUACUGUUACAGUGGUGGUGAAUUGUGAUGUCCAGACRUGGUCCACAGGAAUACAACAUAAUAAAUUCAUUCCCAAAUAAG